AUGUUUGCCCUUAAGACAUUUACCAAUUUAUGUACUAUUCAAUCAAUUCUUCAACAUUCAAUACGUACAGCAAAAAUAUUUAAACCAAAUUUACUUCUACCGAAACAUCGUAAUAUUAAAGUAAAAGAUGGUCAAUGGGUUGAAAAAGAUACUGUUCUUACUUUACAGAACAAUCUUGUUUUAUAUCCUGGUGAAAAUACAUCCGUCGCUUAUGAUUAUACAAUUCGAUCAACAGUACCAGGAUUUGUUGUAAUAACAACUGAAUCUGUAAAACCAUAUCCACAUAGUCCAUUAUUUCGUUAUGUUAAUAGUGGAAAUGAUGUUAAACGAAAUUUUAUACAUAUUUUACCACCACGACGUCAAGCAUUUUUUCGUCUUAUUGAUCAAUUAUAG